CAUUUUAGAUUACUUAUUUUCCUAAAGAUUUGUCCUUAAACAAAACCAAAAGAACUUACACAUCGAAGGGCAUUAAGACCAGGAAGCCCCUUAAAUAAAGAAUGUCAUCUGUAUUACCGCAGUGCGCUUCAACCCGCGGUGGAACAAGGUGUAAUCGAAGCCUUAAGACAAUACACUAAUCUAAAUUAUCUCAUCAUGUUUAUCUUCCAACCAUAAACGGUACAGUUCAUCGUCAUCUGAAAUAGGCAUUCUGCCUUGGAAGACGCGAGUUCAGGAUCGGACGUGCAUCGGAUUUCGGAAUGUUUUCACCAGCGGUGAAACAGUCAUGGGCGGUCUCAGCCGUACUCCUGAACAUGUUGGGGUCAGGCAUGGUCCUCAGUUUCCCGGCUGUUCUGCUGCCAGAGCUAAAGGCUGAGGAUUCCAGCAUCAAGACUGACUUGGAAACUAUGUCUUGGCUUGCUUCUGUGGUGGGCCUGGCGAGCUUCCCCGGUUUCCUGAUCUCCGCUUUCUUCAUGGAGCUGUGGGGCCGGAAGAUCGCACAGGCUCUGGUCAUCCUACCAGGCACGUUGGGCUGGCUCCUCAUUUAUUUCGCCACUGACGUGACCACUCUCAUGGCUGGCAGGAUCCUCGGAGGCAUCACCGCCGGAGCCAGCGUCACUUUAGGAGCCGUCAUCAUAGGGGAGUACACCAGCCCACAGCUUCGCGGCAUGUUCCUAAACCUCAAGACUGCAGCUGUCUGCGUAGGCAAUACUCUUGUUCACAUUUUAGGCCAUUCCUAUACUUGGAGGACUAUUGCAAUUUCCGGCCUAGUGCCACAUAUCAUUGCUUUCGGGAUCAUCUGCACUUGGCCAGAAAGUCCGACGUGGUUGGCUGCUAGAUUUAAGUUUGACAAGAGUGAGAAGGCCUGGGUGUGGCUGCGAGGUAACGACCAAAACUCUAGAAACGAGUACGAUAGUAUGUCUAAAGCUCAAAAGCAGAGGCUUUCUGAAAUACGAGAGAAAUCCAGCGUCCAAACACACGUGGUAAUUUUUUUGCAGAAGUUCACUCGAAAGGACUUUCUGAAACCUCUGCUAAUAAUAUUCUUUGCUGGUAUUUUACUAGAGACGUGUGGAAGGCACAUUUUCCCGGCCUACGCCUUGCAAAUCAUCGAAGAAAUCUCUGGAGAUAAGUCCAGAACCUUCUACUACACGAUAAUCAUAGAUCUGAUAACGACUUUCAGCUCCAUGUUCUCGUCGGCCCUAGUUCGCAUGCUAAAGAGACGUACCCUGCUGUUCGUCACUGGCGGAGCAUCUUUAGCCGUGUUAAUGGCCAUCUGUACCUACCUUUACUUGACUGCUAUAGACGUGAUAUCGAAGGACCGAGCUUGGUUGCCUGUGUCGAUGUUUAUGCUGUACUUCUUAUUAGCAAACUUGGGGUGUACUCCUAUACCUCUAGCGUUACUUGGAGAAGUGUUCCCGGUAGCUCAUAGAGGGGCAGGGUCGGCAAUGUCCGGGUUAACGCUGGCUAUCUGUCUAAUGGUCGCUUUGAAGAUUACCCCCGCGAUGCUAGAUAAUGUUAAAGUGUACGGAACCUUUGCAAUCUUUGGCGUAGCCAUGGGACUCUCUCUAGUAGUAUAUUACUUCAUCCUUCCAGAAACUAAGGACAGAACUCUGCAGGAGAUUGAAGAAUACUUUAACCACGGUCGGUUUCUCAAUGACAAGAAAGUUCGCGGUACUGAUGAAGAAAAUACUACCAUGCUUAAGAACUGAUUGAUUACGAUUUACGAGUAAGACAUUGUUAAGGACUUUUGUAGUACGAGUGUCUGGGCAUUAUCAGAAAAAAGUGUACCUUUUUUCGAUAAAUUGACAGCUUUUGCGUUAUUUUAUUUCAUACAAAAUCAGUAGGACUAUUGAUGAAAUAAGAAGUUUCCCCAGUUUUUUAUACAAAUUUUGGGUAUCAGUUUUGGGACGGUCCAUACAAAAACAUCCAUACAAAUGGUAUGUUUAAAAAAGCGUCACAAAACUAUUUUUUUGGGCAAUUUUUAUCCUUUUUAAUUUGAUAGUCCUCGUGACUCUGAGUAUUUUAUUUAUUUUGAUAGUUUUUCGAAAAGAAGUAGAAGAUGGUACCUACACUUUUAUCUGAAAUGCCCAAGGUACUUACCUAAUUAAUUUAAAUGUACCACGUAUAUUGUAUAUAAUAAUAAAAAUAAUGUUUUCUAUAAUUUCCUUCGUCGUUGUCGUUGUCCAACUUUAUCGACGCGAUAAACGCGAUCAAUACCUG